GUCUGCAAUUUAGUAACGAGAAAAAUCGUGGCUCUCUUCGGCAUGCACACAAGCAACACUCUGAACACGAUAAAAUCUUACAGCAACACCUUCAACAUGCCCUAUAUUACAACGGCCAUGGCUGUGAACAACUCGAAGCAGGAGCACGGAUUCCAGCUGUUUGUACGUCCAUUGUACGUCAGAGCCUUACUCGAUCUCAUCAAGUAUUACCAGUGGAGGGAAGCUUUCUACUUCUAUUCAACGAACGAAGGACUGGAACGUAUCCAACAACUGUUUGACAUCAUCACAGAAAAAAAUUACCCUCUCAAGAUAAAAGUCUACCGAGUUGAGAAUGCCUCAGGUGUUCUGGAUGCCUUGGCGAAAAUUAACAACCUGGAUUACAAACGCAUUCUCCUUGACCUACCAGCUCAGGAAACUGAAAGUGUUAUCAACAAAACAUUCGAAGUAAAACUAGUUUUAUUAAACCUGAACGAGAUGAUUUCGAAGGCCUUCACACUGGGUGGUCUCAACGUAACAGGUCUUUGCUUGGUGGACAGUGGCAAGAAGAAAAGUCUCGUUAGGAACUGGUACUCGUUCUACUUUGACGAGGUCAUCACCCAGGAUCUGCCUAUGCCUGGUGAAGCUGCCCUGAUUGCUGAUGCAGCGUUCCUCAUGGCCCACGCCUUGGCGAAAGUUUUCAAGCACAAAACACCCCUAAACGAUCAUUCACCUAACAGCAAUGGAGUUUUUGGCGAGUCUCUGAGCUGCGAGACAGAGCCCACUACUGCCUGGAAGUAUGGAGAAGAAGUCAUGAAAGCUCUAAAGGAGCAGACAAACCUGACAGGCUUGUUCACGGGACCUCUCAUUUUUGACAGAUUUGGAUUGCGGAAACAUUUCACCUUAGAAGUCCUCGAGAGUAGGUUGAAUGGCCCACUGAUGAAGUUUGGAACGUGGGAUUCCAAACAUGGGUUGACUGUGAUACAAAAUGCCCACGUGAGAACAAAAGGUAAUAACACCAUUGCUAACAAGACCAGGAUUGUAACAUCCGUUUUUUCGGCUCCAUUUUUAAUGCUGAAGAACGAACCUGGCUUGGAAGGUAACAGCAAGUACGAAGGAUACUGUGCCGAUCUGACCAAAAUGAUUGCUGAAAUGAUUAAGUUUGACUACAAAAUAAUUCCCGUAAAGGAUAAGAAAUAUGGAAGUAAUGACACUGGAACGUGGGAUGGAAUGGUUGGAGAGUUACUGAGAGGGGAAGCUGAUAUGGCGAUCGCUCCACUGACUAUAACAGCAGAUCGUGAAAGCGUCAUCGACUUUUCUAAGCCAUUCAUGAGUCUGGGCAUCAGCAUCAUGAUCAAAAAAAUGUCCAAGAAACCACCGAGCUUUUUUUCUUUCAUGAACCCUCUCUCCAACGAAGUCUGGAUGUGCAUCAUAUUUGCCUACAUCGGAGUCAGUGUCGUCCUCUUCCUGGUUAGCAGGUUCAGUCCCUUUGAGUGGCACGUUGACGACAAGCAGGACUCUGUGGCCAACAACUUCACCAUUUUCAACAGCUUGUGGUUCUCUCUGGGAGCCUUCAUGCAGCAAGGGGUCGACAUCGAGCCAAGGUCGAUGUCAGGUCGCAUCGUAGGCAGUGUGUGGUGGUUCUUCACACUCAUUCUCAUCUCGUCAUACACUGCCAACCUGGCAGCCUUCCUCACCUCGGAACGUAUGCAGUCACCCAUCGAGUCCGCUGAAGAUCUCGCCAAACAAACUGAAAUCAAGUAUGGGACUAUUAAAGGCGGGUCGACGCAAGGAUUUUUCAAGAAAUCCACGAUUCCGACUUACGAGCGGAUGUGGGCCUUCAUGUCGUCCACUGAACCAUGGGUCUUCGUUGACACGACAGAUGCAGGGGUGAACCUGGUGAGAGAGAAGAAAGGAAAAUAUGCAUUCCUCACCGAGUCCACUCAGAACGAGUACACCAACCAGCGCAAGCCCUGUGACACCAUGAAGGUUGGGAGCAAUCUCGAUGCCAAGGGAUAUGGUAUAGGCACCCCUAUGGGAUCGGAUCUCAGGUAUCGCAUUACAUUGUCUGUUUUAGAACUACACGAAAAAAGCGAGUUGGCUAAUUUGCAAACAAAAUGGUGGUACGAUAAAGGCGAAUGCGGCAAAGAAGGUCCACCCAAAAAGGUUUUUUCUAAAAAAAAUUUACAGCAAGAAGCGACAAGUUCGUUGAAGCUUUCGAACGUAGCGGGCAUCUUCUACAUCCUCAUGAGUGGGCUCAUACUUUCUCUCUUCAUUGCCGCCAUUGAGUUCUUCCAUAAAACUAGACUUGACGCAAAGAGGAAAAAGAUGUCAUUUGCUCGAGCGGCUCGAUCGGUGGCACGUCUGUCGUUAACGGGGCAGCCGCAAGAAACCUUCUCAGGCAAUGAAACGCCGGACACCCAGCCCGGAGACCUGCCUCCCAACAUGACCGUGUCCACUUACUCCUACUGUCCGCCCGGUCAACUGCUAAACAUUGAUGGCUACGGAGAUGCAAACAUGCAAACACAGGUCUAACUAACAUCCUUGCUGUUUUCUACCUACAACUCCAUAUACAUCAUCAACAACAACAACACAACAACAACAGUUUCUCAACAACGUCAACAGCAAUAACAUCAAAAACAGCAACAAUAACAUCAAUCCAAUAACAUCAAAAACAACAACAAUAAGAAACAAUACAAGGCCAACAACACCAUACAAAUAAAUGUCUAUUGACAUAGCCAAACUCUGUCGAGAGUUCCCUCGUUAAAGAUAUUGCAUAUUUCAAAUUAAGCAAACCCAAACAUAAAAAAUGUAAUUAAGUAUUGUGGAUUUGAAUGUGUUAAUUGUUUCAAAAUAUGAAACUACCAAAAUGUUAACCUUCGAGAAAUAUCUAAGACAGAAUAAUAAUAAUAACAAUAAACAAAUAUUUUGCGAUGUAAGUCAGAUUUUAGGAAAAAACUAGCCUACCGUAUCAAUCAUAAAACAUUAAAAUAGCCAUUUAGUAGUUCACAACGAAAUGUUAUUAAGACCUAAACUGCAAAGUUGGAAAAUUUAUGGAAAAUUUUUGUUAAUUAUGUCGAAACAAAUAAAAAUAAAAUUCGUUUGUAAGGUUAAAUUUCAUGUUCUGCAAACAAUGAUGAGUCGUUUAGCGGUCCUAUAUUGAAUGUAUGAACCUUUUAAAAAUGUGUAGACUUUUAUACCACAACGACGACAUAGUACAGCCCUACAUGCUACAAAACAGAAUUUUCAAACCAUCUUCUCAAUUCUUCUCAUCAAUAUAUUUAAUGGAUUUAUUAAAAACAUUUUGUUUUAAUUUCACGUAACAUACUUCAACAGUGAUUCAAUCGUUCAACUUUUCAAUCAAAAACCAACCAGCUAACUUUUCAAUUCUCUAAAGUUGUACAUUUAAAAACAUAAAUGUCAUUCUCCGUGACUAUUAAUAUUGAGAUUAUUAUAGAGAAAGUGAAGGAGUUUUAAUUUUUUUUACUGUAUAGCUGAACUCUUUUGAUACCACACUGUUAAUGAUAUUUGCCAAUUUUUGUGAUUUUUACUACAUUAGCCGUGAGCCAAUAAAGGUUUUAUUAAAAAGUUAUUUUCAAUUGAAGUGUUAAUUAUAUUAUUCAAGUAUUUUUUUUUCAAUUUGUAACACUAUUCAUAUUGUCCAUUGUGAUUCAAAGAAUACAAAGCCUGCAACCAA